AAUUAAUGCUUCACAUUUCAUCCGCAACAUUUUUCCUUCGAGAAACAGAUAAGAUAUGGCUGAUCUGUUUGUGAAGCAAGCGAAGCAGUACGCCAAAACCCGGCCGAGCUACCCGGCAGAGCUCUUCCAAUUCAUAGCCUCCAAAGCGGCUUUCCACGGCCUCGCCUGGGACGUCGGCACGGGCAGCGGCCAAGCCGCCCAAUCUCUUGCGGAGAUCUACGAGCGAGUUGUGGCCACCGAUACGAGCCCGACGCAGCUCGGCUUCGCACCAAAGCUCCCCAAUGUGCGGUACGAGCUCACCUCUCCAGUCAUGUCCUGGACUGAGCUGGAGAAGAAGAUCGCUCCUGAAUCGAGCCUUGAUCUAGUGACCAUCGCGCAGGCCCUCCACUGGUUUGACCUCCCCACGUUCUACCAACAGGUCAAGUGGGCGCUUAAAAAACCGAAUGGCUUGAUCGCCGCUUGGUGCUACACCGUGCCCGAAGUCAACGGAUUAGUAGACUCGGUGUUCCGGCCAUUCUAUGCCGAUUCGGAUCCAUUCUGGGAUCCGGCAAGGAAGCUGGUGGACAACGAGUACAGGGGCAUCGACUUCCCGUUCGAACCAGUCGAAGGAGCAGACAGCACAGGACCGUUCAGGUUCGUGAGCGAGAGAGCAAUGACCCUCACCGAGUACUUCACAUAUAUCAGGUCGUGGUCAGCGUAUCAGACGGCAAAGGGCGAAGGCGUCGAGCUUCUGAGCAGCAACGUCAUAGAGAAAUUCGAACGUGCCUGGAAUGAAGAUGGAAACAGCCCGAAGAUCGUCAAGUUCCCCGUGUACCUGAGGAUCGGAAGGACCGGGAAUUGAAUACAUCCCGGGAAAACUACCUCCGUGAUGAAGCAGACGCGAUUUUAUCGAAUAAAAUGGAAUGGCAUCCAACUGUAGUGUUUUUCGAAUAAUAUUCGCUUUCUAGUUCCUAGUACGACAUGUGAAAAUAGAAGUUCCAUGCUAUUUUCUUGAAUUGCCUGUUAUAAUUAGAAGAUUGGAAAACUGUUUUCUGUGCUCCGAGCAUAGUCAAACCGGAAACCGGAACCAGUCGGCCCAUUUCGAUGUUCGGGCUGACUCCGGACCGGCCCACGAAAGAGAGGGCAAACUGUAACCGUUGACCAAAUUAUUUUAUUUAAUAAUAUAUAACUUUUAUUUUUCUA